CAAGAAGCAUUGUAGCUGUAUAUAGUACCUGUAUGCUAGUAGUUCUUUUGCGAGUCCAGUUAAAUAUUAUUGGCGGCUACAUCUACCUAGAUAAUGCUGCACUCUGCAAAAACGGCACAACACCACUAGCUCCCCCUGAAGUUCAACAGCAAUAUUUAUCAAGUAUUCAGCACCUUUUAGGAGAUGGACUGACUGAGUUGAUAACUAUUGUUAAACAAGCUGUGCAUAAAGUUUUUGGAAGUAUUUCCCUUAAGCACACCCUAUCUCUUCUGGAGCUGGAACAGAAACUUAAAGAUAUCAGGAAAGUAGUGGAACAUAAAGAUUCAGAUCAGAUGGCAUCUUACUCUCCUUUAUGUCAUUAUCUGAUGCCAGAUGAAGAAAACCCCUUGGCUACCCAGGCCUGUGGACUCACAGAAAGAGACAUUGCUACAAUUAAAUUACUUAAUGAAACUAGAGAUAUGCUAGAAAGUCCAGACUUCAGUACAGUUUUGAGCACGUGUUUAAAUAGAGGAUUCAGUCGACUGCUGGACAAUAUGGCAGAGUUUUUUAGACCUACUGAACAGGACCUCUCUCAGAAUGGCUCUGUAAAUAGUCUUUCCAGUGUCAGUCUUCCUUUAGCCAAGAUAAUUCCAAUAAUAAAUGGACAGAUCCAUUCGGUAUGCAGUGAAACACCCAGUCACUUUGUUCAGGACCUGUUGAUGAUGGAACAAGUGAAAGAUUUUGCUGCUAAUGUUUAUGAAGCUUUUAGUACCCCUCAGCAACUAGAGAAAUGAACUGCACAUUUAUAGGAAUAGAUCGUGUAUUUAUAACAAAUCCCUUGUGACUACUGAUGAGACUUGGGUUAAUUUUAUAAUGGUGUAGGAGUGGUAGAUCAGCAGAAAGAACAUUUGGAAAAAAGUGAGAGUGAGCCCAUAUUUUUCUGUUUCAAACACCAAUUAAAAAUAUUCUUGUUGAAAGAAUCAUUGUAUGUAAAGACUUUUCUAUUAAAAAAAAGUGGUUGAACUCUUCCAUAACUCAUUUGAUUAUUUUCAUUGCAUCUGAAAGGCAUCUGGUGGCAGUAUUACAACAAGUUCCUAAAAAAAUCCAUUUGUUUGCCUGAGGUUUGUAAGUUUUGGAAAAAACUAAUGAUAGUGAUCUAAGAAUAGCACAG